CAUUCGAGCACAGUGGCGGGUGUCAGAAAAGAGGCGGCGCGUGGUGUGAUACGCAUCUUUGAGUGUGAGUGUGUUGUAUGUGUGGAGUGGAAGCGCAACACACGUUGUGAUAUUCGCACUUCUAAACUAAGCUAGAAGCAACUUUAUUUCCCGCUUCUUUCGCUUUCCUCGAGCGGAGGAGCACGUUUUGGAGUUUUCGUUUCUGGAGCAAGAAGGCACAUCUUCGGUUGUGGGGGAAUAAUGUCGGCGUCGGCGGCGAAAGUGAGCCGAAAGGAGCAGAACUCUAACCACGACGGAGCGGACGAGACCUCGGAAAAAGAGCAACAGGAGGCAAUUGAACACAUCGAUGAAGUACAGAAUGAAAUCGACAGAUUGAAUGAACAGGCCAGUGAGGAAAUUUUAAAAGUAGAGCAGAAGUACAAUAAGCUACGUCAGCCAUUCUUCCAGAAGAGAUCAGAACUCAUAGCCAAAAUUCCAAACUUCUGGGUCACAACAUUUGUCAACCAUCCACAAGUCUCAGCCUUGCUUGGUGAGGAAGAUGAAGAAGCACUUCAUUACCUGACCAGAGUGGAGGUCACGGAGUUUGAGGACAUCAAAUCAGGUUACAGAAUAGAUUUUUACUUCGAUGAAAAUCCUUACUUUGAAAACAAAGUCCUCUCAAAAGAGUUUCACUUGAAUGAGAGCGGUGACCCGUCUUCAAAAUCCACUGAAAUCAAAUGGAAGGCUGGAAAGGACCUGACAAAGCGUAUUGGACAGACACAGACCAAGGCAGGGAAGAAAAGGCAACAUGAAGAGCCGGAGAGCUUCUUCACCUGGUUCACCGAUCACUCCGACGCUGGGGCCGACGAACUCGGAGAGGUCAUUAAAGACGAUAUCUGGCCCAACCCCCUGCAGUACUACCUGGUGCCUGAUAUGGACGAUGAAGAGGGUGAAGGUGAGGAAGAUGACGAGGAUGAAGAGGAGGGGUUGGAGGACAUUGAUGAAGAGGGGGAUGAAGAUGAGGGAGAGGAGGACGAAGAAGAGGAUGAUGGAGAAGAUGGCGAGGAUGAUGGGGAAGAUGACUAAAGGCUAAUAUGGACAUAUUCCAACACUUGCAUACCCGUUCUUUCCUUUUUGAAGUCAUCCUCCAACCAUGGGAGCAAAAAGCUUUGUUUUUAUUUUUUUGUUUUUUUUGUGCUCCAUCUUCUGUUCUACUGAAGCCUCUCCUGUCCUGACCAUUUCUAAAACCCAGUUAAUUCCCUGGACAUACAGUACCUGCAUCGGAAAACUAGUGGAAUCUCAUUGCUGAAGCCUCUUGCGUCGUCUUUAAUUGCAACCAUCUCCAAAGACAAAUGCAACAUAUUAACAAUUUGCACGUCAUCCUCUGUAGACUAAACUGAAGUAAAUAGCAGUUUAUAUAUUAA